GCGGGUGGCGCCGGGAACACUCGUCCCUUCUGCGGCGGGGAAGGUGCCUUGUCUCCCGGUGGCUGGGCAAGGGUUGGCGGCUGCUCGGCCCUGCUCGUGCCGGGGGAGGUGGGGGAGCCGGGCCUAUCUGCGCCGCAGCUGCCGAUGGCCGCCUCGGCUCCCGAGCUUGUGAAUCGCAGGGGUGCUAUCUCACGGCGCUCGGGUUUGCUUCUCAAAGCUCUCGCUGCUGAAACUGCAAGCUUGGAAGAGCAGUUGCAAGGAUGGGGAGAAGUGAUUUUGAUGACCGAUAAAGUUCUUCGCUGGGAGAGAGCCUGGUACCCUCUGGCGCUGAUGAGUGUUGUUUCCUUCUCUUUUCUGAUGAUCUACUACUUGGACCCAUCAGUUCUUUCAGGUGUCUCCUGUUUCGUUAUGUUCCUCUGUUUGGCUGAUUAUCUUGUUCCGGCUCUUGCACCUAGAAUCUUUGGCUCUAACAAGUGGACUACAGAACAGCAGCAAAGAUUUCAUGAAAUCUGCAGCAGUUUGGUGAAAUCUCGUCGCCGGAUUGUUGGCUGGUGGAAACGUCUCUUCACACUGAAGGAAGAGAAGCCUAAAAUGUACUUCAUGACCAUGCUUUUUUCUCUUGCUGUGGUUGCCUGGAUUGGACAGCAAGUUCACAAUCUCUUCCUGACCUAUCUUAUCGUAAGCUUCCUGUUGCUUUUUCCUGGACUCAACCAGCAUGGGAUCAUCACAAAGUAUGUUGGAAUGGCAAAAAGGGAGAUUAACAAACUUCUCAAGCACAAGGAAAAGAAAAAUGAAUGAAGACAUAACUGCUGUUCUUCACUCUUGUAAAAGGUUUCCUGGGGAACAGUUUUGAGAGUUAUUGUAUAAUUUCAGUAGAAGUUGUAUUGCU